UGGAAACUUUGGGUUAAAAUUGACCAUUUUCUCUAGUGAAGCUGUGAGGAACUGUAUAAAUUCAUCUUCGUUCAAAUUUCUUUUCAAGCUCUUUUUUUGUUUUUCCUUCAUAUCUCUCCAUACUGUUUGUUUAGAACUGCAAAUUACCUCUUUUGUAAUUUUUUUUAGAGAAUCUAACAGACGUUUGUUUCACUUCGAGAUUCAAUUCAGAAACUGCAUCAAUUCAUACAGUAGAAUGUCAAAUCAGCAAUCCCUAAAUCCAAUUCUCUGUACUGCUUUCAAUCAAGAUAACAGUUGUUUUGCAAUUGGAACAAGCGAUGGAUUCAGGAUCUUCGAUUGUCGUACCGGCAAACUUCGAUACGAAAGAGCUGUUGGAGCAUUUGGCGUCGUUGAAAUGUUGUUCCACACUAGUCUACUGGCUGUUGUUGGUGCUGGCGAGCAGGCAUCACUAUCCCCACGGAGGCUAUGUCUUUUUGAUACCGUGACUGGAACUGCACUCCGCAACCUAAAUUUUUUGACUUCAAUUCUUGCUGUUCGUUUGAAUAUGAAAAGGUUGGUUGUUGUGUUACUUGAGAAGACCUACAUUUAUGACAUAAACAGUCUCGAGAUUGUGGACACCAUAGAUACAGUGCCAAACGUGAAGGGACUUUGUGCAUUUUCUCCAAGUCUGGAUGGCUCAUAUUUGGCUCUUCCGGCUAGUAAAACAAAGGGAUCUGUUUUGGUCUACAAUGUGAUGGAACUGCAGUCUCACUGUGAGAUAGAUGCUCACCGCUCACCACUAGUUGCGGUGGUACUUUCUUUUGAUGGAAUGUACAUAGCAACAGCAUCAGAACAAGGGACCAUAAUCAGAAUUCAUCUUGUUUCCAAUGCAACUGAGUCUUACAGCUUUAGAAGGGGAAUCUAUGCAUCACAUAUCUAUUCCUUGUCAUUUGGUCCGUCCAUGGAUCUUCCAGAUAUUCUUCUUGCUUCAAGCUCUUCGGGUUCUGCUCAUGUUUUUUCUCUUAAACGCGCCCUGAAUCAAAGAAGAAAGAGAUCAACUACCUUUCUCGGAUCCAUAGUACCUGAUUCUGUUACUGAUGUGCUUGAUCCUGCUCAUCACCACAUACUUCAUGGUGCUGUUCCAACUGGCGUUAGAAGCAAUGCAGUCAUCCGGAAGAUGGACAUUGUUAAUGACAAAUCAAUCUCUGCAAAUGAGAUCUUAAGAGCUACAAUAUCAAUAAUCAGCUACGGCGGAUAUUUUCUCGAGUAUAGCUGCAGUAUCAACCAACAAAAUGAAGUUUCAUGGACGCUGGAAAGAGAGUUUAAUCUGCUAACAGCUAAAGCAGAAACAAACACAACUUCCAACUCUAGAGAUUAAUGCCUGCUUUCUCCGGUUGUUGGUUGCAUUGUAUAUAUAAUGUGUUUGUAUUGUACAGUCUAUAGAUUCAUAAUCUAUAUAAAUCAAUACUUCUUCCAUUUCAAUUCAAUUAGGACACUUUCUUUUUUAAAAUUUUUCAAAAUCAAUC